AUGAGUCGUACAACAAGAUGCUGGACCAUCAACGGUAGGGAGAAUGGCAUAGACGAGCUUUCGUUUGGUAGUAUCCCUAUACCCAGACUAGGUGAUCACGAUGUGCUUGUUAGGAUGCGUGGGGCAUCACUCAACUACCGAGAUUUGGUCAUUGCUGAAGGAAAAUAUCCCUUUGGGCAUAAGCAGCCCGUCAUAGCAGCCUCCGAUGGGGCGGGAGAGGUGGUUGAGGCCGGGGCAAAUGUCACCAGGUGGAAAAUCGGCGACAAAGUCGUGACACUUUUCAACCAGGCACACCAGGUUGAGCCCAUCGACGCUGCUGCUGCAGUGUCCGGCCUUGGAAGCGCCAUCGACGGUACGUUGACCGAAUACGGCGUUUUCAAUGAAGACGGCCUUGUCCGUCUGCCAUCCAAUCUCAACUUCCCCGAAGGCGCAACCUUGAGCUGCGCCGGGCUCACUAGCUGGAACGCACUGUAUGGCCUCAAGCCGGUGAAGGCUGGGGACACGGUUCUGGUGCAAGGAACCGGGGGCGUCAGCAUCUUUGGCUUACAGUUUGCCAAAGCCGCUGGUGCAAAUGUUAUUGCAACAACCUCGUCAGCUGAGAAAGCUGAAUUUCUCAAGAAACUAGGUGCCGACCAUGUCAUCAACUACAAAGAGGACGUCAACUGGGGAGAAACUGCACGCAACUUGACCCCCAACAAGCGAGGUGUUGAUCACAUCCUCCAAGCUGGCGGGCCUGGCACGAUGCCACAGUCACUCAAAGCCGUCAGGCUUGAGGGCGUCAUACAUGUCAUUGGCGCCAUCAACUACUUGGAUCAGACGUUGCCGCCGGACAGCGUGACUGUGAGCGACGUGAUCGUACACAUGUGCAUUGUGCGUGGGUUCCUUGUCGGUUCUAGAAGACAGAUGGAGGAUAUGGCACGGGCCGUUGAGGAGUAUGAUAUUCAUCCUGUUAUCGAUAAGCGGGUUUUCGCUUUCGAGGAGGCAAAGGAAGCGUAUGAGUAUCUGCGGCAGCAGCGCUAUAUCGGCAAAGUCACUAUCAACUUUGAUUAA